UUAUUUAUGACGCACGUCAUUCAUUUCAUCUGGGAAGUACGAUACCACCCAUUUGACUACAUUUGUAAAUCCGUAAAGCACAAUUAAGUGAUGAAAUCUAGGAAAAAAGUGCUGAGGAAAAUUUCGUUUGUAAUAUUUCUAAUGAUUUUAAUUAACAGUUAUUUGAAAAAUCAGCGAGGACUGCAAAGAAAUAUUAUAUCAAAUAUUAUACCAAAUAUCCAAAACCAAUUUGUUAAAAGAUGGAAAAUACAGACGAAAUUAUUAAACAGAAGCAAAGGGAUCAUAACAUACAAUGGACGAAAUAUCUCAACGGAUUUUGAACUUUUUUAUAUGAAUGUAUCAACAAAUAAUCUGACGGACCCUCUCAUUCACAAACAUCGAUAUAGUUCGUUACUUGAUACCGGAACGACGUGUACAGAAAAACAUGUAUUCUUGCUAGUUCUUGUUUAUUCAGCUACAUACAAAUUCGACGAACGUCAUGUUAUAAGGAAAACAUUUGGAUCUAUUUCAAAGUUUGACAAUAAACGUAUUGAAUAUGUUUUUGUGCUUGGACAAACCAUGAAUGAUACUCAACAAAAGGAAAUUGAACAGGAAGGUGUCAAAUACAGAGACAUUAUACAAGGCAAUUUUAUAGACAGCUACAGAAACUUAACAUAUAAACGAGUAUUUAGUUUGUUCUGGGUAAAAAGAUUCUGCAACAAUGCGACUUAUGUCAUCAAAAUUGACGAUGAUAUUACUAUCAACAUUCCGUUUCUUAUUCCUUAUCUUAGCAAUAAACAAAACAAAACCAAGGUUUUAGAAUGUUUUACUCUUAUAAAAGCUAGACCAUCUCGCAGGACUCGUAAUAAAUGGUAUAUGUCUCCGUCUGAAUACCGAUUUGCAACGUUUCCUCCUUAUUGUGCCGGACCUUCCUCAAUUAUGUCCGCUGACGUUAUAAGCGAAAUGUAUGAAGCAACAACAGUUAUGCCUUUCUUUUGGCUAGAAGAUGUCUAUGGUAGUGGAUUUUUACCCUGGAUUUCACGUACAGGAAUAGUUCAACCGAAAUGUUAUAUAAAAGCUUUGCGAGCAAGUUUGAAUGAUAAGCCUUGCCAUUUGUUUUACAUAAAUAAUUCGAAGAAUGCAACCCAUUCAUAUGCCAUGUGGAAAACUAUAGAAAAAAAUCAAAAUAACACAUUGUGUAAAUGUAAGUAAGUGUUAAUAUCACCGGUUAAAUUAUUAGUUUGAACCUAAAAAAAACGAAAAGAAAUUGUAACCGACAAAGCAAUUUAAAUAUAUAUAUAUAUAUAUAUAUAUAUAUAUAUAUUAAAUAUCAACUGUUUUAUUUCUAUUUUAUCACUGAAUUCUAUUUAACUACUUCCACGAUAGUUAUAAAAUAUUAUUAUGGUUCUAGCCAAAAAUAUUUCUAACAAAUAAUCUGGUUUUUUUUAUUUCCAACAAUUGAAGCAUACAUAGGGCAUACAUGUUAGAUAUGAAAUAUCAUGAUUAUAAAUAUACAUUAUAGUUUGAAAUAUUAGAUAUUUUCUAUAGAACAGAUCAAAAGUUUUAAGCAAUAAUAGAUAAAAAAUAGUAAAGGAGUGAGCAUCCCUAUCUAUAAUUUUAGAUUUAACUAAUUUUACCCAAACAUAACUUUCAAAUGUGAGUCAGACAGUUCUCAAGUUUAAUUAUCUCUAACUAUCAUUUUUGUCAGUCUGAAUAAAGUCUGGCGUUUUAAUAAUAUGACACUUAAUAAAAAAGGUUAAACAUAAGGACCCUUCAACAGUAAACUCAUCAUAGAUACCAGGCUUAAAGUGAGAAAUAUCGACAUAUCAUAAAUUCAAAUAAAUCUAUUUGCAUUUACCUAUUGAAAUGCCACCAUUGCUUACCAGUAUUUUAUUUUAGAAUUAAUUAAUCGAUCAGAUGCAUUUCCACCAAUUAGAUAAACGUGUAGUACACUUCAUUUCUACUUAAGUGAUAACCUUUUGUUAGAGAUUUUAAUGAAUAUAAUAAAUAAAAGGCACAAUAAAUAUACCAAGGAUAGGAUAAAAAAUAGACCGAGCCAAAGAAAAACUCUUACAGACCGAAAGAAUAAAGGAAGGUUAAAUUAUUUAAAAUACAUGCCUAUUACCCAUUUAACUGAACAUUGGAAAGAAGUUGUAAUUUGUUACAUGUUUUGUUUGUCAAUUCUUUUGACAUUUUUUAUAUUUUUUAAAAGUCAAUGGGUAAAUAAAUGUGAAGCAAUAAGGUCACUGUUAUUAUAUAAACAUUGUUAACGCAUUCAUAUAGUAUUAGUCUGGUUAAAAAUCAAUAAGGAAAUGUUUGCCCUUGAUGCUGGUUGAAACUCCAUACAUUGAAGGAAAAAAUUCAACAUCAUCCCAUUUCGAAAACGUUCCUUUUUUUGGCAUAUAAGCCACUUUCUAACCAAAAAACAAUAGUGUUGAUAUGAGUAAUCGUUUGUGGUAAGGUUAUGGCCCAUUUUAAACUCCAUUAAAACUAAUGAUAGAAGUGUCAUUCUGUUUUUAAAUGUAUGAAUCUUGACAUGUUUAUCUUUAUUUCUGUAAGAAAGGGACACAAUUAUAUCAAUGUAUUAAUUUAUCAAUAAAACUCAUCUACGACUGAAAA